AUUUCGUCAAAAUAAUGAUAAUAAUUUUUUAGUUCAUUUUCAGUGUUUUCGCUUUAGCAAGUUUUUCGUAAUUUAAAUACAAAAAUGAAUGUACAAAAGUUACAUAAAUUAUCAAUUUCUAUCGUUAAUUAUUAUAGUCACCGAUAUUUGAAUAAUAAUGUUGCAUCUGUUACGAAAAUUCACAGAGAUAUAUACACCAGGCCUUAUCCAACAAAAGUGGUUUUAGCCGACGGUUCUUCUAUCAACAUUAGAUACCAUGAACCUAGGAAGAUUAUCAAGUUACCACUUGAUUUAUCACAACUAUCUGACGAAGAAAGAAAAUCAAGACUAGAGAAAAGAAAGCCAAAGAAAAAAGUUAAAAUUAUUGAUGAUAUUGAAGAUAAUUUUAAUGCAAAGAAAUAUUUGAAAUAUCUGAAGAAAAAAUGAUUUUCCUUUACUGUACCUUGUUUAGUUUAUUAUAUACUAUGACAUUAGUUUAAUAUUA